CUUUUUACCGGCACUAGCUACCUGGUACCGGUAGUACAACAAGGCAAGCUCAAUUUUCAGCCAGACAUUCACAACGCACAACCACUCAUCGCGUUGCCUCCAGUCCUUUCCCCGAUCACCCCCAUCCCAUUCCAUAUCAACCGCGUACAGCAGUACCUGUACCAGUUGACUGGUACCGUACUAUUCCCCCGUUUGUAUUUUCGCAAUGCAUGCACCGAGAGGGCUUUGUUGAGUGCUCCACUGUACACUACUCCUGUUUCCGUUGUGCCACUAUCGUAGCUGAUUUAUUUUGAUCAUCAUGACACGUAUCAUUGACAAGAUCCUCUCUCGCCGCAGUCAGAAGGCAUACAAAACAAUUUCUGAAGGUGAAGAUUCCAACAACAGCAUGGAUGUGUCGGACGGGUCCAAUAACCAGUUCUCCUUCAAGCCCAACUACUACUAUUCCUUUGAGUUCUUCCCUCCCAAAACAGAAGCUGGAUUGGACAACUUGAUGACUCGUAUUGAUCGCAUGACUCGUCGAUUGGAACCUCUGUUUGUCGAUGUUACUUGGGGAUCGGCCGGUUCCACUUCGGCCAGGACAUUAGCAGUGGCGUCCUUUGCCCAACGGUAUUGUGGAGUGGAUGUCUUGUGCCAUUUAACAACAACUGGAAUGACUCGACAACAAUUAUUGCAAGCUUUGGAACAGGCCAAAUCUUGUGGAAUUCGAAACAUACUGGCUCUCAGAGGAGACCCACCCAAAGGCAAACGGAGUUGGAAACCAGGGGACGUCAGUGGUGGCGAUUGUGAUCGAGCCAGUGAUUUGGUCAAGCUAAUCAAGGAGGAAUACGGAGAUUGGUUUGGCAUUGCGGUAGCAGGACAUCCUGAAGGCCAUCCUUCUUCCAACAAUCUAGAAGAAGAACUGGAGCACCUGCAAGAAAAAGUGAAUGCUGGAGCCGAAUUCAUCAUUACACAGUUCUUUUAUGAUGUCCAGUUAUUUCUACAAUUUGUGAGACGUUGUCGGGCAAAGGGCAUUACCUGUCCCAUCCUUCCAGGAAUCAUGCCAAUUCAGAGCUACUCAAGCUUCGUACGGAUGACGCGGUACUGCGGCAUUUCGGUGCCACCGCAUGUCAUGGAACAACUGGAGCCUGUCAAGGAAGAUGACGAAGCAGUCAAAGAGAUUGGAUGCAAAAUUGCAGCUGAUAUGUGUCAAGAGAUACUGACAGCAUCCAUUGAAACUGAUGAAUAUGGCAUUGACGGUCUACAUUUUUACACUUUAAAUCUGGAAAGGAGUGUGACAAGAAUACUUUUACGAAUGGGUGCCAUUGAUUUGAUUCAACCAACCCAAGUAGCCGCUGAUAUUGAUGAUGCUUCGGCGUUGCAACAACUAACACAAGGAGUGAACCAAGCUGGCAACAACAAGGCAUCACCUACAGCCGCCAACAAUAACCAUGAUACAAUCCGCAGUAGUGCAGGGCGGCCUCUACCGUGGAGACCUUCUGCCAUGGACCAACGAUCCAAAGAAGAAGUGAGGCCCAUCAACUGGGCCAAUCGUCCGAAAUCCUACGUACGGAGAACAGAGGAUUGGGAUGAAUUUCCGAAUGGACGAUGGGGUGACGCCACAUCUCCAGCUUUUGGAGAACUGUCGGACCUGGCUCAUUUCUAUUCCUUUUCGUUGGGAAGUGAUGAUGAACGGAGAGCCAUGCUGGGACACAAUCCCACAUCGGAACAAGAUGUAUAUGACGUCUUCGCAAAGUACGUUGAGGGCAAACUGCCCCAUAUUCCGUGGUGCGAAAACCCGCUGCAACCCGAGUCCUUUUUGAUUCAGCCACAGCUUGCAAAGUUGAACCGUGCUGGAUUUCUGACAAUCAACAGUCAGCCAGCAGUGGAUGGAGUCGAGAGUACCAACCCAACAUUUGGCUGGGGUGGCGAAGGAGGCUACGUGUAUCAAAAGGCUUACUGUGAAUGCUUCUGCAGCCCAGAUAACAUGCAGCGGCUUGUACAAAUGGUCAGGGCCAACAAGGCAAUGAACCUUUAUGCGAUACGCAGCAACGGUUCUUCUGAAAUGGUGCAAGAAGGAGUCGAAGUUGGGGGAGUAACUGCUUUGACCUGGGGUGUAUUUCCGAACAGGGAGAUCCUGCAACCUACCAUCUUUGAUCCUAGUACUUUCCAGGUGUGGGCUGAGGAAGCCUUUUCGCUCUGGACAACUAUGUGGCUGAACCUCUAUGAUUUUGAUACGGAGAGUUUCUCGUUGAUUGAAACAAUACGAGAUACCUACUACCUUGUGGCAAUCAUUGACAACAAUUUCCUUGCGAAGAACAAUGAUGGAGAAGCCGGAGCUUUGUUCAGUGCCAUGUUUCGCGUUGGAGAGGAAAUAAGCACAUAAAGCAACUGUGGCAUGCCUAAUCUAUUGAAACCCUGGAUCUGUACAAAGGCACAAUAGAAUGUCUAUGUGUGGAUGUUUCAGCGCUCUAGUCCUUUCAAUGUCAGCCAAUCUAGUGAACAGGAGACAUACAUCAACAACAAAGUUUACUGAACAGUUCCUCUACUGCCUUAGUCCCAAAGGAUGGAACCCAACAAUCCCCCCUCCUUGAUGGGACAGUUCGUUGCAACUCCUAGCGCCUCAUUGUCAUACUCGAAGAUGAUGGUGAAAUAGGAUGAUCCACCAGCAGCAAACCUUGAGCGGAUGAAGCCAUUCGAGGGGACAUGGGCAACGGUCCCAUCAAGCACGCUCUUCAGUCCAGCCCAGUUGGUAUUGCAUACAUAGUUUCCCCUCGCAAUUGGCAAGAAGGAUUUCCAAGGGCUGAUAUUGCUUUGGCCUGAAGCUGUUACUUUGCGUAUUGCGUUGGGAUAACUUGCAGCAUCUUUGGCACCCAGAACAGAUGUAAGAACGUAGUUUCCAGCAUCACUAGGGUCCAGCUCAUCCAGUUUGCCCCGCAGAUUCACAUAUUGUGUCUGGAUGGCUGCAUUGUCCAGCAUGGCUCCACAGAGAGCAGACAAAACAACAUCAUUUGAGGUCAGGUACUUUGUAGUGCUGUCAACCAACUCUUUCUUCUUUUGACCAAUCUUCUUCUUGCUCAAAAGGAGAGUGUAAGGUUCAGCCUCCUUGGGUCCAAACUUCUUGAAGACUCUGGGCCCAAUCAUGAACCCAAGCAUAGUAAGAGGGGGUAGGGCAAGGCUAGGAGCAACGUUUGGGGCCUUGAUCUUUUCGUAGCCAUCCCAGUUGAUCUUAGUCUCAAUGGUUCCACU